AUGGAUACUGACUCCAAAGGCAAGAAGCCCUUUGAAACCAAGGAGAAGGGAUCUAUUAUUAACAAUGCUGAAAACACACCUUUCAUUUUUGGAAAUGGGAAACUUGCAGCACCGCAGAAUCAUGAAGUAGUAGUGACUCCUAAUCAGUGCAGAACAGAUAUCUUUAAAUCACCUUCACCUUUGAACUUUUCUACUGUAACUGUAGAGCAAUUGGGAAUUACACCAGAAAGCUUUGUCAAAAGCACUCCAGGAGAGUCAUCAUCCACUCUUAAGAAAGCUAGACGACGUUCUGCAAUUGGUGCUCGGGGCUCUCCGGAAACAAACCAUUUGAUUUGUUUCAUUUCCUAUUGUGAAAGAUUAAGUUAUACCCAUAUUGUUUUGUUUUGCAUACAUGUAAUCAAAAAAGAAGGCCUGAGUGAACGGCAGCAGUCUGGAUUAUCUGCAAAUUUAUCAUCCAAACGUCGGAGGAUAUCCUAUCGGAGCAACUCUAAUGAAAAGCUAACUGACCUGGAAAAAAGAGGACUUGAUCUCCACUUAAUCAAUACGGAUCCCCUUCUUAGUACAGACAGAAUAUGUACUGUUGAUACUUUACCUGCAGAUGUUUCAGAGAUGAUAACCAGUAUGAAUUUAGAAGAAAAUAGUACAACUGAAGAGCUUGCACUUCGACGAAAAUGUAGAUGGGAAGGAAUUAAGACUGUUGACUGGGUUGAGGACAAACAAACAAGAGAAGCUAUUUCACCCAAAACUUGGCUUGAGGACAGAGGGACAGAAACCGAGAACAUAACCACAGUUCCUGACAUCAAGUCACCUGUCCCUUCAUUAUGCAUGAUGGAUAUUCCAUCUUCUGAAACUGUUGUACUUCGUUCUGUCUUGAAGAAACCCUCUUCUAAUCUACUUACAGAAAGCUUACAGGAACAUUGUGACAACCUCUGUGGUGGUGAGACUCAUUCAAGCGUGAUGCCAAAUUUUAGAAUCCAUUACCAAGAACAAAAAGCAGAAAAUCACAGUGCACCAACUCUCCUAAAUGUGAGGAAGAGGAAGAGAGUUACUUUUGGAGAGGACCUAACUCCUGAAGUGUUUGAUGAAUCUUUGCCCGCAAAUACUCCAUUGCGAAAAGGAGGAACGCCUGUUUGUAAAAGGGAUUUGGGUAGUCCCGGUCCUCUGCAACUUGAAGAGUCGCCAGUUCCUGGACCUUUAUCUCAGCCAGAUUUUGAUGACAAGGAAGAGAAUCUUGAAAACAUAGAACCUCUGCAGGUGUCCUUUGCUGUUCCAGGGUCUCCUAGUAAGUCUCCCAUUGCUGAGACUCUUUCAGGUGUUGAUACUCUUGGCUCUUCAGAUACUCAGGAGGAUGUGUCCUCCCAUAAUGCUGGCAGAAUAACUCGUACCUCUAACAGAAGAAAGCAAUUGACUAGUUUUGCAGAAGACAGUGUAUGCAACUUACUAAAUACAGAAGCCCAGCCUUUUAAAGAAAAGAAAACUAAUAGGAGAAAGUCUCAAGAAAUUAAAGACACCAACAAAACACUUCCUAAAAAGAAGCAGGUUUUAAAAAGUGGCAGAAAGAAGAAAGGAAAGAGAAAACAGGAUGUAAAGAAAUCCUUAUAUGGGGAACGAGAAGUGGCUUCUAAGAAACCCCUCCUCAGCCCUAUUCCUGAGAUCCCCGAGACCUUGGAGAUGACACCUUCAGCUCCUGGCAUCCACAGGGUGUACUCAGAUAAUUUCAAAUCAAAUGGGAAACCUGAAGAAAUGCUAAAACCACCUGAAAAUCUAACUAAAAGAAAGACUCUUUUGCCAGAGAUCCCGAAAGACUUGUGUAUGGAUCGAAGUUUUGAUAAGCAUGAUGUGUCUGAAUUUUGCAGCUCUGACAAAAAAAGUUCUUCAUUGUGUGGUAAUGCCACUUUUGAUCAACAUUCAAAUGUAAAGAUUAUAGAAGUUAAUGAAAAUGAAGGCAUUCCAAAAGAAGUUGGUGAAAAGAAACUAAUUUCUUAUACUUCUGUGACUGAAGAAUGCAUCUUUUCAGAUAGUCACAAACCAGAUUUUAUCCUGGAGUCCCAAGAGUUUUCUGUUGCUGAUCAAAAUGUGGACAACUUUCGUCAAGCCUGUAAAAUUUCAGAAGAUGGAAACACAAAGUGUGACAAGGAGGAUGGCCUCUUAGUACUGCCAGAAGAAAAGUCUAAAUGCUGUCACCUGAUGCCUGGCAGGCAAAAAGAGAAUGUCCUGAUUGGAAGUAUGAAAGAAACUAAAAGCCAGUGUGAGGACCUGGAAGGAAAAUGCACAGAAAAUCAUGAUAUGACUAAGAAAGAAAGGAAAUGUAGAAGACGCUCUAUGUAUUCCCUUGAUGGUCAAAGUUUACUUUUGGAAAACAGUGACAUUCCCAACAGUGCCAGCAUGGUAAGCAGCUCUGUAGAGACUGAUGUAGAACAUUCUGAACUAUGUAAAGAUUUGUCUGAUGCCAUAGAGCAAACCUUCAAAAGCAGUAAUGAAACAAGAGUGAGGCGUAGCACAAGGCUGCAAAAAAACUUGAAAAAUGAAGGACUUGUAUGGAUUUCACUUCCAUUUCCUUCCACGUCCUGCACUUCUCAAAAACUCAAAAGGAGGACAAUAAGUGCAGUUGACAGCAAAGGAUAUGAAAACUUGUUCCCCCAAAAGGAAACUAUGUCCAAAAGACAAACUCCUGCCAUGCUGACCUCCUUGAUAGAUAAAGAAAAUGGUGAGGAUCCUGCCACUAAUCCUGAUAAAGUACUUGGGAAGAGGAGGGUGAGCUUCUGUACAUCUGCACUUCCUAGUACUAAAAAUAUUACCCAGCAUCCUAGGGGGAAAAGCUCUCUUAUAUGA